AUGGACGACGAUAACUUGGGAUUCUUGCCUCCCGUCCACUUUCGUUCCAAAAACCCAUCACCACCCACCAGAAAACCGGAAAAACACGCAAAUACCAAUUUUCGAUCCUUUCGACCAAAGUCCAAUCAUUCUUUCAAUGACAGAAGAAAUAAAACCAAAUCCUACAGAAAAUCCUCGGUCGGUCAUAACGAAGAUGGUAACCGUGAACCGGCAACAUUGAAACGGAAUCAUCAAGACAUUGAUGAUGGUGACGAGGAAAGGAAUGAAUCCGUAGGGAGUUUUCAAAGGUCUCUGAGUAAUUUCAUGUUUUGCAAUAGAUCUGUCGUCGCGUCUCCCACACCAAAGAAAUUCAUCCCUCACACACUGCAACAUUAUGAGAGGGAAAAAUCAAUUACAGGUGAAGAAGAGAGUCGAUAUCGACCUGGUCGCUUGGGAGGAUUUCAAAGGUCUUUGAUUUGUAGCCAAAUUGGUGUUCAAUCUAUCAAGCCUUCCGUUGGGGAUUCUAGUUCAUCGCCAAAAUCUGACAAGUUCAAGUAUGGGAGAUUCCAAAGAACCUUGAAAGACUUUCAAUUUGGUAGCGGCGCCUGCACCCAGAAAACUGAUUCGAAUAAUGCUCCAGCCAGGAGCAUGAACAUCGUAACGUUAAGGAGGCGGAAAAAUGAAUCCCCAUCUACUACAGAUGCCUCGGAUUCAAGUACACCUAUUAGUUCACGCGAUUUGCGAACAAAUUCAUCGUUUAAGAGAAUUCGACGCGAAAUCGACAAAGGUGUAGUGGUCAAUAAAAUCCCCGGACCGAUUGAGUACCUUCCACCUAUGGAUCUAGAUCAAGUGCGAGCGCACGAACAAACUCUGGAUAACGUAAUGAAAAAUUAUUAUGAUCAAGAUUCAACACAUUCAAAGAGUCCCGAACCUAUCGAGCACUCUCAUAUUUCUGAAGAAGAAUGGAUCUCUGUGCUAGACACAGUAUUCCUGCCUGAAGAGAUGGCUAAUGAAUCCAUCAAAUAUACGAUAAGUGCAAUACAUCAAAUGGUUGAUUAUAGAAAAAGAAUUCCUGUUACCAUCGGAAGAAUUGCUAAAUUUGACUCGAACAAAAGAAUUGUUACCAUAGAAGAUUUCACAGGGGAAAUCAAAGCUAUUUUUCACGAAAAAGUUCUUUCGGUAUAUGAACAACAACUUCGGAUCGGAACGAUGAUAGUUUUAAUUAAUCUCGCGUUUCUACGUGUGGAAGGAAAUAAUUAUCUUAAUGUCACGCUCGCCAACAUUCAUUGGGUAUCGGGGUCUGGUCAACCAAAUGACAAAACUCAUCAACUCACUGUUAAUGACGUCUCAGAGACUCGUGUUCAGUCAACUAGCAACAAGGUUGAGACCCUCAGGUUUCCUCUGCAAACUACCAAGGAGAUGGUACAAGAAGGAUCGAGUACUGAUGAGUCAAUAAAACAAGUCGACAUCGCGGUUGAUCAGACCGAACGAGGAAAGUCACGUGUUGAACAUUCAACAAAUACCGAUGGGAAAAAUUAUGAUGAGGAAAUAUUGUUGCCUGAUGUUGAAAACUUUAGUAGUCUAUGGUCAAAUACUGGGGACCCCGAAGACCUUUCGUGGAUGUUAGAAGAUCUGGAAGAGAUAACUAAUUCGCUUUCUGCUAAACAUAAUUCGUUAAGCGAAAACAUGAUACGGCAUCGGCAACAGGGGUCAAAUUGGUUGUACCGAUUAACAAGCUCGGUGGUAUCAUUGCAUUGCAUGUUAAAUAAUCCAGUGGUAGCUGAUCAAAUGCUUGUUCAUCAAGAUGACAACAGUACCAAAAAUUAUGAUACAGCAGAUUCUCAAAACUCUGAUAACGCCAUCACGACUGGAACGGCGAUCACGAUGAUUGUGUUGGUACUAUUAUUCUUAAUAGUCUCCUUUGUGAGUUUUAUAAGAAGACGAAAUUCUCAGAAUACGCCAUUAUCAAAGGACUGGAAAAUCCUUGAUGAUUUCGAGCUUGAGCAAAGCCGUCACGUUCCUUCGCCCCGAUUCAAUGAUUCUUUCAGUGUGAAUUCACCCUCCCCUAAUAAUAUUAUCUCGUAUCCGGAUAGCGUACAUACAGGAAACACAAAAAACUCAUCCAGAUCAACGUCCUUUCUAAAUGAUCCUUGCCCAUCGGACUCUCGAUCCGAAUCUUACUCCUUACGAGAACUCUCCUCAACCAAUUCCAUAACUCUUUCAAAAUUACCCGAUGUUCCUCCAUCGCUCGGCGACAUGCCAAAAUUUCGAACAGAUUCGGACACCUGGGAGAAAUAUUUGGAAAUGAUGAAUAGGCCAGAGAAGCUAAAUGAAACUGUGAUUCUUAUGGGACGAACGGGACACAGCCCACAUAGUAGCGGAGGACGAUCGUUAUAG